AUGUAUCGUCGUGAUAGAAUAAAUGAACGGGAUGUUCCCGAAAGCCAGCAUACAAUUUUCAUUCGUGGUUUGCCUGGACAACUGACAACUGAGGAGCUUCGGCUCUACAAAAUUUCAAUAAAAAUAUAUUUGUGCUUUUUGAUGAAUACUGCACUAAUUUAAAUUUACGAGACAAAUGCACAUUAUUAAAUUAACGGCUUUCAGUUCCUUAUAAAAUCAUUUAAAAAUAUUUUUGGGCCAAUAUAUCCUUUUAUCAAGUCAACUAUUUAUUUGUUUGUUAUUCUUUUACGUCAUAUAAUUUGAAAGUAUUUUACAAAUUACCCAAUUACCAAGCCAAUUUACAAUGCACUUGAAUGUUUUACACGAUUUUAGAGGGAAUUUUAUAGUUCUCCGUGCAUAUUUGGUCAAAAUUGGAUUUUAUUUCGAAAAUUAAAUUUUGAGAAAUUACCAUUUUUAUAAUUAUAUUUACCAUAAUUUUGAAGAAAAUAUUAAUUGAUGGAAUGAUUAAUUAUAUUUAAUUGGCGCUUAUUACUUGAGCGUGGUAAGUGGCCAAGAAAAGAUUGACGACAAGAAAUUUUGAUUUCGAAUUGUUAAGGGCAGUAAAUAUAUUUCUCUUUUUUAGUGAUUUCUUUGGAAAGGAUACUGGAUGCACUUUUGAUUUUGUCAAAGUAUCACCUGAUAGAUUGAAGCUUUAUGUUGCUGUACGCUUUGAAAGCAAGACUGUGGCUCGCAAAAUUAUGGAAAAAUGUCAAAAAGAAGGCACUAUUCUUGGUCACGAAGUAGAACUGACUUGGUUCCGGGAUAUUCGUCGCUAUUUAGCUCAUUGUGCCAAACAAGGAGUUAGACCUUCUCGCUUUAAUAACCAUGGUAGUUCAGGACAUCGCGGCAGUGGGCGUCGAUCUUAUACUCGUUCUCCUGAGCGAGGUCCGACAGAAGAAUAUAGUGGUGGUAACAAAUCCGUGAGUCGAUCUGUGUCUGGUUCUCCUUCGCAUCGUAGUCUUACUCAUUCUGAUGCGGAUUCACGUUCUCGAAGUAAAUCAGUGUCAUCCCAGUCAUCACAACAUUCCGAACCAAAAUCUUUGGAUUAUUCUGAUAUCGUAAAGAAGGAACGUUCUCCUUCACCACCACCUAAGAAACAAAAAAGCAAGAAAAAAGAGCGAAAAGAGAAGAAAAAACGCAAACAUUAUUCUUCUUCGCCGAAUAUUCAUACGGCAAAAACUCAGAGAACUGAAGGGUCUGAUAUCGAUGUAAGUGAUGGAGAGUCUUCACCUCCCUCAAAAUAUGCAAAUGCCAAUCAAGGACAACCUCAAAUGACUAUAACGAUGAGUAAACCAAUUGGGCCAACACGUCCGGAUGCGCAGAGUAAACAAUCAGAGGAUAACAAAUUUCGUCAGACUUUUACUGUGGAUCUUGAUUCGAAUGCUUCCAUUCCAAAGUUUAAGUCAGAGCAACCUGGCAUAGUUUAUCAACCGAUGAACGGUACCAAGACUACUAAAGACGAUGUAGCCGCGAAACGUCCACGUGUUGAGCUCGAAUCGUUGCAACAACCUCCUGUUGUUCGCAGUGUUAAAGCGUCUGCUUAUUCUGAUCAAAUUAUGUCUUCCCCGGUGCGUGAGAGUGGCGCCAUGGCAAAUAAUUUCUUCAAAGACAUACAGCGCCAAAUUCUGAAAGAUAUAAAAUUCAAAAUGUCAACAAAUGCUAAUGUUGAUGAAAAUCAAGGAGGAUUUCAUUUAAGUUCUUUGUCCAAACAGCAAAUUUCCGACAAUAUUCGUGAAGAGAAAAUUAACAAAUUAUCUGUAGAGUUACGAGAAUGUGUGGCAAAGAAAAAACGUGAAUUUGAACAGAGCUAUCGAAAUGAUUGUGAAACUUUUGGAUUUGUUACUCAAAAACUUGUUGAAAAGGAUAAAACUUUGGAGGGCCGUUUAAAAGUUGCUCUUUUGGAAACUAUGAAAGAUUUAGAAAGUGAAACAAUGAAGAAAUUUGAUGAAUUUCUUGACCAAAUCUCUCUUACAUUUUAA